AUGGAGGACCUCGUACUGCCCUGGGGCUACCCCUUGGAGUCGUACCCCGUCGAGACGGCCGACGGCGCGGUGCUGCGGAUAUACCGCAUCCCCUACGGCGUCCGGAACGCGUCGCGCCCCGGGCCACGGCCGGCGGUGCUGCUGCACCACGGCAUCACCCUGGCGAGCAGCUGCUUCGUGGUGCUUGACCCAGAGUCGAGCAUGGCGUUCUACCUGGCUGAUGCGGGCUUUGAUGUGUGGAUGGCCAACACGAGGGGCAACACCUACAGCCGUGGCAAUCGCCACUACACGCAGCUGGAACACGGUUUCUGGGAGUUCAGCAUGGACGAGCUGGCCCUCCUGGACCUCCCAUCCCAGAUCGACUUUGUCCUCAAGACCUCAGGCCAGAAAUCGCUCGGCUUCAUCGGCCACUCGCAGGGCUGCACGCUGUCCGUCAUGCUGCUCGCGGCCAAGCCCGAGUACAACAAGAAGAUCUGGCUGCUGAUGAUGCUGGGGGCGGUCACGCACGUGCAGUACAUCGCCGCGCCGUUCCUCAGGCAGCAGGUCAAGACGCGCAGCACGCAGCUCUUUGCGGAUAUGGGAGUCGGCGAGUUUGCGAUGAACCGCGUGUCUAACCAGGUGGCUAACGGCUGCAAGUACGAGGGCGUCCGCUCGGCCUUCUGCUCGGCCCUCAUCAACUUUGCGUUCUAUGGCUCCUCCACGGCCGUCUCGCCCGACGAUCUUGUGCGUGUCUCCGUCACCUGGGCGUCCGGCGUCGCGACCCGCAACCUGCUGCACUGGUCUCAGCAGUACUACGCGAACGUCAGCGGCCUCCGCAUGUGGGACUACGGCACAGAGUGCGCCAAGUCCCCCGGUUUUGAGCGCAAGGCAUUCCAGGAGUCCUGCAACCAGGCCAAGUAUGGGACAACGACGCCGCCCGAAUACGACCUGAGGCAGAUAACGGCGCCCGCCGCCAUCUUCCAGGGUGACAAUGACGUCAUGGCAACAGUGCCGGAUGUCGACCGGCUGGUGCGGGAGUGGAGGUCAAAAGUCGUGUAUCGUGAAAUGUGGAACGACACAGCGUGA